AUGGCCGAUGACGAUCCAUUCCCCCGGCCGUUUGCACUGUGGUUAACAAACGCCUAUGGCCAGCAGGCUAAGGACAGGGGAGGCCCACCAGCGACGAGCUCCCUCUUGCCUACAGAUAAUACCGCCAGUUGGAAAGCAGGGGACGCUCAACUACCCCAGUGCGCAACCGCGAACCUCAUCGACCGAUCUAUGCUCCCUUCGGGGCUUCACCCAGGGCAAGGAACAACGCCACAACCCUAUCAGUAUUUCUCAGGAUGGGAUAAUAUUCUUCGGCAAACACGGAGCAUCAAUGCGUAUGGUGAUGAAGCUACACAAGCCGGGGGGAGAUACAGCCCACAUGCCGGCACAAGCCAACCAGCCAAACGACCAUAUCACGAAUCGGCGGUCGAUUCGCCAUUCGAUGGUAUGGACACAUCCCCCCAUAUUGAAGCACAAAUGGCUUACGGCGAAAGCACCGUGGACCGGCCAUCUCACGGCGGUUCAAGACAACGGAAACCUCAGACACGGUCCUCUCAUCCGCGACGGCAGAGUCCUUGCCUACGCCAGGGUGCCGCGCAAGAAGUCACCGCAGCUUUAACCCCUGAUUCGGAGCACAUCAUAGAUUCUUUGGGAGGAAGAAGAAGAAGAAGCCCAGAUGAAGAACCAGAUCUCAUGAUCGAUGGCCUCAACGCAUCUCGGCACGCAGACGCCGGACACACUUCUGUAGAAGAGACAAGCAACGCGAGGAGAUGCAAGCGCCUUCAGCGGACCACGUGUAACUGUGCUUCAACGUGUAGCAACUCGCAGGCCCUAGAUUGCAACAGACAACCCGAUCGUUCCGCCAGGUUUGACAAGUUCCAUACAAAGACUCAACGCAGGGUCAGGCGGAAAGAUAGCAAGCGAGAUGAGAAGUCCACAGACCAGAAACGGCGGUCCUUUUACUGCACCUUUUGCGGCGAUGCUUUCAAAUACAAGUAUGACUGGGUCCGCCACGAGAAUUCCCUACACCUUGAUCGCGAAACCUGGAUCUGUGAGCCUAAAGACGGCUCAGUCGUCUCGCCGGUAACGGGCAAACGACAGUGUGUCUACUGCAGCGACCCAGAACCGACCGCUGAGCAUCUCGAAGAACAUAACCAUUCUACGUGCGCUGGAGCGGUGCGCAGCUUUGCCCGGAAGGAUCAUCUGGUACAGCACCUGCGCCUCGUGCAUCGAGUAAACGAGAUCCCAGCCAUCGACGGGUGGCGGAAAGAGGCGCCGCCGUUCGUGUGCCAAUGCGGGUUUUGCGACCGCCAGUUGAAUAGCUGGACGGAACGAGUAGACCAUCUUGCGGAUCACUUUCGCAAGGGCUGCACGAUGCGCGAGUGGCAGAGAGGGCAUGGACUGCCUCAGGAGAUUGCGGAACAGGUCCGGAAUAUGAUGCCUCCGUAUCAUACCGGAGAGGAGACAGCUACAACUUGCCUGGUCUCCUUGGAAGGCCGCCGCGUGAACGAAGGUAUUCAACAGGGUAGCAUGAGCACGAAGCGGCCAGACCAGGUGGGAAGCGAUGAUGAAGCCGGGACCACUGGUCUGCCGGAUAUUCUGUCUCGAGACAUGUCUCUCUAUGGGUUUUCGAACCACCUUGCCUUACACCUCAGCCGAUUUGCCCGGAUCCAGGUCCAGCAAGGUGUCGUGCCUACGGACGAGAUGUUUCAGCAGGAAUCGCGACGGCUUCUCAUGGACUACGAGAAUGGAGCACCAAUGUAA